AUGAAGAUGUGGAGCCAUUUCUUUACGUCCCGCCUUCUUAUUCUCUUGACGUUCUUCCAAAUUUUCGUGCCCGUGUACCCAAUUGGUGUAAACUAUGGCACAACUGCUGACAAUCUACCUCCACCUAAAGAAGUCGCACAGUUCCUUAGAGAAAACACAAUCAUUGAUCGUAUCAAAAUCUUCGAUAUGAACACCGAAAUCAUCAAAGCGUUUGCAAACACUGGCAUCUACGUAACGGUUACUGUCCCCAAUGGGGACAUCCCGUCACUUAAAGAUAAUGCCAAGGCGGAGCAAUGGGUCAAGGAAAAAAUCAAACCCUAUUAUCCUGACACCAAAAUCCGUUACAUUGCUGUCGGUAAUGAGAUCCUCCAUUGGGGGACACCUGACAUUAUCGACAGCCUGGUCCCCGCCAUGGUAACGAUUCAUAAAGCGUUACUCAAGGCGGGCAUGAGUGACAUAAAAGUCACAACCCCACAUUCGCUUGGCAUUAUGGUGUCCUCGGACCCACCCAGUUCCGGAGCAUUCCGGCCUGGGUGGGACGUCGGAAUCAUAAAGCCGAUGCUUCAGUUUUUACAAGAAAGCAAUUCUGCUUUCAUGGUGAACCCGUAUCCAUACUUUGGAUACUCACCGGGUAAUGAUAGCUAUUGUUUAUUCAGACCAACCCCGGGUUUUGUCGAUAAAGUAACUGGGAAAAAGUAUGAUAAUAUGUUUGAUUCAUUGAUGGAUGCGAUUUAUUCGGCGAUGAAGAAACUGGGAUUUGCAGAUGUGCCAAUUGUUGUCGGGGAGACAGGGUGGCCAUCACUCGGUGAACCAUGGCUUACGUGGGUGAACGCUGAUAAUGCAAAAUCAUACAACGAUGGGAUGAUUAAGAAGUCCACAUCUAAAGUUGGGACGCCAUUGAUGCCUGGAAAGAACUUCGAAAUCUAUAUUUUUGCGUUGUUUAACGAGAAUCAGAAGCCCGGUUCGCUUGCAGAGAGGAAUUUUGGGCUCUUCAGACCUGAUUUAACAGAAGUUUACGAUAUCGGAGUAUUGAAUGGAACUACACCAAAGAGACGAUCACAUGAUGUAAGAAAAUGGAAUUUAAAAAAAAAAAAGUUAGGUCCUGCGGCUUCUCCAUCGGAGUUGGUGGGCGGUGGGAGUCCAUCGGGUGGUUCUGGAGGAGUUUCCGGUGGUUCAGACUCCGGCGAGUCUCAGUCGAAGGCUGAUGACAAAACUCCUUACGGUAGCAGCAGCGGCCAUACUUAUGAUCCACCGGCGUUGAUAACCACGGUUGUGAUUUGCGGAGUUGUAGCUCUCAUGAUUUAA